AUGAUUGAGCAAAACUACCAGCUUAUUUUGGCCAUGUUAUUUGCCAUCGAGGAAAUCAACAGGAACUCCCAUCUUUUACCUAACACCUCUCUGGGAAUCGAGGUGUAUAAUCUCAUACCUGCUGAAAAGAAUAUUCUAGAGAGUCUGUUUUAUUGGCUCACAGGUCUGAGCAUCUUCAUCCCUAAUUACUGCUGUAGAAAAGAGAGAAAAUCAGCUGCCUUACUUACAGGAACAAGAUGGAAAACAUCUGAAAUCAUUGGGACAGUAUUGCAUCUUUACAAAUUUCCUCAGCUUACUUUUGGGCCUUUUGAUCCUGUUCUGACUGAAGGAAACCAGUUUUCAUCUCUGUAUCAGGUGGCUCCAAAGGAUACAGCUCUAACACAUGGCAUUGCAUCUUUGAUGCUUCAUUUCAGCUGGAACUGGGUUGGAGUGCUCAUCUCAAGUGAUCACAGAGGUAACAUUUUUGACAUGACCAUGACUGAAGAGAGUUACAAUGUGUACAAUGCUGCAUACGCAGUGGCCCACAGUCUCCAUGAGAUGAUUCUCAGUCAAGUUCAAGAUCAAACGGAGGCAAAUAAAGAUAUAACUCUGCCAUUCUCUUGGCAGCUUCACCCUUUUCUGAAGAAGAUUCAAGUGAAAAAUUCUGUAGGAGACCUUGUGGUUCUGGACGAGAAAAAGAAGUCAGAUGCAGAAUAUGAUAUUAACAACCUUUGGAAUUUCCCAACAGGUCUUUCACUACAGGUGAAAGUGGGUACAUUUUCUCCCAGAGCUCCACAAGGUCAACAAUUGUCAAUAUCUGAACAUAUGAUUCAAUGGGCCACAGUAUUUUCAGAGAUUCCUCAGUCUGUAUGCAGUGAGAGCUGCACUCCUGGAUUCCGGAAAGCCAUCAUGCACGGCAAGCUUUCUUGUUGCUUUGACUGCACUCCUUGCCCAGGAAAUGAAGUUUCCAAUGAGACAGCCAGUAUGGGUCAAUGUGUGAAAUGUCCAGAAACUCACUAUGCAAAUGCAGAGAAGACACAGUGCCUCCAGAAAACUAUGACCUUUCUGAAUUAUGAUGAUCCCUUGGGGAAGGGACUCACUAUCAUCUCACUGGUAUUCUUUGCACUCACAGCUGUUGUUAUUGGGGUCUUUGUGAACCACAGAGACACACCAAUUGUCAGGGCCAAUAAUAGAUUUCUCAGUUACAUCCUGCUCAUCACUCUUAUGCUCUGUUUCCUCUGUCCUUUGCUCUUCAUUGGCCUUCCCAACACUGCAACCUGUAUCCUGCAGCAGAGCUUAUUUGGACUUCUUUUUACUGUGGUUCUCUCCACUGUGUUGGCCAAAACCAUCACUGUAGUUAUGGCCUUCCAGAUUACUGCUCCAAAGAGAAGGACAAGAUGGCUACUAAUCUUGCAGGCCCCUAACUUCAUCAUUCCAGUUUGCACCCUAAUGCAAGUUCUUCUAUCUGGAAUAUGGCUGGGAACAUCUCCUCCAUUUAUUGACAUAGAUGCUCAUUCUGAACAUGGACACAUCAUCAUUCUAUGCAACAAGGGCUCAGCUAUUGCCUUCUACUGCAGUCUAGCAUACCUGGGAGUCAUGGCCUUUGGUAGUUACUUCAUGGCUUUCUUGUGCAGAAACCUGCCUGACACAUUUAAUGAAGCCAAGUUUCUGUCUAUCAGCAUGCUUGUUUUCUGCAGUGUGUGGGUCACUUUCCUCCCUGUCUACCACAGCACCAAGGGGAGGGUUAUGGUGUCUGUGGAAAUCUUUUCUAUCUUGGCUUCUAGUGCAGGCAUUCUCUGUCUAAUCUUUGCCCCUAAGUGCUAUAUUAUUUUGUUCAGGCCAGAUAGAAACUCACUUCAUCACAUCAGGGACAAAAUACAUGGUAGGAGCAAAAUUGAUAUGGUAUGA